UCGUGCAUGUAUAUUGACCUAAUUUGUUUGGGCAGUUGCCGAAUGAAUCCGAAUCAUAGUUUACAUUGGUGAUGGCGUUAUAGUGGAACAGUAAUAAAGAUAUGAACGAAUAAAGACAAUACAGGGCAGUGAAGCAGAAUGGAUGCAAAAGUUGAGUUUCCUGACUCAGAGCUAUCAGCCUCCCCGGCACUCGGUGUCAUUUUUCGACUUCCGACACAAGAUAAUGUAGACGAUAGUUCCGACCAUGACAGCUAUGAUGAUAGGAGACGAUGUCGUAUUAGACCACAUUCUGCUAAAGGUCCAAGCCUAGAUUUGCCAUCUAGAGUGGUUCCUAAUAAACCUAAAGGUAUCAGACCAUGGUCAGCCCUGCCUAAAACUGCAAAACCAUCCUUGCCAACCCAGCGGAAGGUGUCACGCCAGACUCUAAGAAAGCCUCAUCUCCGACCACCUGCAAGGUCACCUACGGCAAGUAUAUCAUCUGAAGGAAGCUCCCUGAUUACAGCUGUUGGCCUCGCCAACAAGAAAGGUUUUGAUACUAGCACCCCAGAUAGUGAACGGUCAUUUGAUAGACAUGCAAAAUGCUUCACACCAGAGUCAAAGCAUUCCUCUGAGAAGUGGGCGGUGAAAAUUGCCGAGGCCAUCACAGAAAUCAGUGAAACUGAACCAGUAGAGAAACCAGAGCCUCCAAAACGUUCCUUGAGAAAACAUCCUUCGUUUGAGACGUGGAUACAGGGGUCGCCACAUGAUUCUGACGAAUAUGACACUGAUAUUGAUAUUGAUGAUUAUGUAAAAAACCUGAAGGAAGUUUACGAGAAGGAGAAACGAGUACGACAGUGGAGGAAGAGAACGCGGCUUACAAAGAAGGGGAAUAUCAAAGAAGGAAGACCAAUUGAUCCUACAGGAACUGUAAUGUACAUGGAUCAGUGUCAGGUUCAAGGUGUAAUUCCAGUGUCAUAUAUACAGCGCCACCUAGGGGAUAAAAAUUUACGUAUGAGACAUCAUUAUUUUGGCGGCACUGGCACUAAACCUAUAGCUGUGGCGUUGCUGAAAAACACUAUAACAGAGAAUAUUGACAUCAGUGACAAUUAUGUAGAGGCAGAAGGGGCCAGAUACAUUGCUGGUAUGCUGAGGAACAAUACAUUUAUUACAGAUCUGAAUAUAUCAAAAAAUUUUAUAGGGAGAGAUGGAUUUUCAGCCAUUUGCAGAAUGCUUGAGUCAAAUACAACCUUGAAAACGCUUUGUGUAUCAGGCAACCAACUGACAGAUUCCUGUGCCCAAUGUUUGAUAGAAGGCCUAAAGAAUAACACAUCACUCACAUCUUUAGAUCUUAGUGGAAAUGGGUUUGGUGAACAAGGCGGGAUUUAUAUAGGAGGAGCUUUGUCAUUGAACGAAGGAUUGAUAGAUAUAGACUGUAGCUGGAACUCAUUCAGAAAUCGUGGCGGGGCGGCACUUUUAUCCUCUCUUGCUAAAAAUCGUACAAUUGAAGUGUUGGAUUUAUCAUGGAAUGGUUUGGGAUCUGCAGGGGCUGAGGCUCUUAAAACUGCCCUUAAAAUAAACACCACUUUAAAGGUGCUCGACCUCACGAAUAAUCGUUUUAACACAAAAGCAGCAGAAAGUAUAAGCUGGGGACUGAGUCGUAACACUGGUUUAGAAACUUUAGUGCUAAAUAUGAAUCCAUUAAAAGAUGCUGGAGUGGAAGCAGUACUGAAAGCUGUCGAGAAGCAUCCUAACCUUCAUCUACUGUCAAUAGAGGAUAUAGGGAUGUCAAGAGAAAAUUAUCGUAAGAUUCAGGAGUUGCAAACAGAAAAAGAUGUGACAAUACUACAUGGAGGGGUCGGAGGGUACUCUAGGAUCUCAACCACCACUAGUAUGAUUCGCUUGUUUAGUAAAUUUGUGCAGUCACAUCAAACACAGCUAGGAACAUCGUUCCACCAAUUUGACCGAGAUAGAACAGGUAUACUUGGUAUAGAUGAAGUCAAGACGGCUCUUAAAGAUGCAGGUCUCAGACUGACAAAUAAACAGUUGAGCCUCGUCAUUGAGGAAUUAAACUACAAGAAUUCCAGUACAAUGAAUUACAAGAAUAUAUUGUCUGGUGAAACACUAGCGGAAUAUUUCCAUGAGCGUCCUUCAAGGUUAUUUGCCAUCAAAACAAGCCAAAUACAUAUCAACACUGUACCUGAAAUGCUCCACAGACAACUUACAGUGACAUAGUUGUGAGAAAUCCAUGCUGGAAUAUCAAAUUAACUUACAUUAGUCAGUGUUAUGUUGAAGUACCAACUGUAACUUAAAACAUGUAAAGACCUUGCAAUUACCUAAAAAAAACAACACUCUCUACUUGUUAUAGAGUUUGUUGGUUUUGUCAUGACACGGCUCAUUUAUUUUAGUCUUUACUUCACAUAGAGGCAGCAUUACACUAU